GGGAGAACAAAAAUCUGACUGGAACAGCACGUUAUGCUAGUGUGAAUACUCAUCUUGGAAUAGAACAAAGCAGGAGAGAUGAUCUGGAGUCUGUUGGCUAUCUUCUGCUAUAUUUUUUAAGAGGAAGCCUCCCAUGGCAGGGCCUUAAAGCUGGCACUAAGAAACAAAAGUAUGAUAAAAUUAGUGAAAAGAAAAUGCUUACCUCGGCAGAGAUUCUGUGCAAAUCUUACCCGCCGGAGUUCGUCUCAUAUUUCCACUAUUGUCGCUCCCUGCGAUUUGAAGACAGGCCAGAUUACUCUUCAAUGAAGAAGCUCUUUCGUGAUGUAUUUAUACGGGAAGGAUACCAAUUUGAUUACGUAUUUGACUGGACUGCACUCAAGUACCCUCAAAUGGGCUCCAACAACAAGCUUGUUCAACAACCAAGUGCAAGAAUGGCUGGAGUUGGACCAUCAGUUGAGAGAACAGACAAAGCUUCCAUGGGACAAGAGAUCCGGGAUAGGUUCACUGGUGCUGUUGAGGCAUUCGCCAGAAGAAAUCCAGGCUCUGGGCGCCCUGCAGAUCAUUCCAGUCAUUCCAGGCACAAAAGCUUUGCAGAUUCCUUUGGAACGUCCAACGAAGCAGUUGCCGACUCAUCAGAGAAAACGCGCAUCUUGUCCCGGGGAGGGAGCUCGUCGAAAAUGCCCGCAGCUCCGUCCACCCGGCCGACCUCUUCGGGGGACUGCAGUGACCAGAACCGCCGGUGGGUCUCCGGCAGCAGUGGCGGCAGCGGGCGCCCGUCCCCCGCGCAGAGGCUCCACCACUCGGGAGGCGCCGAGAACAGCAGGUCGUCCCCGCGCUCCCCCGUGGCCCGGAACGCGGCCGGGAGGGGAGGCUCCGCCUCGCGGGACAACACGACGUUCCGCAGCCUCGAGCGCCUCACCAUCACCACCAGCAGGAGGAAGUGAGCUGCCGAGGACCACGCCGACGAAUUCUGAGAGUGGAAGGCGGUUACUAGGCCGAGGAACUUUUGCGGGAUCCUUGCUCUCUGCAGCUAAAGCAAAUCGGCAAAUAGAUGAUGGAUGGAUGGUUACAAGGCUGCCAUGAAAAUGCACCCUUUCCCCAAACCCCAGCGUAUAGUAUAACGCUCUCCCCAAACUCCAAGAGGGAAGACAACUCCAAAGUACAAUGCAAUCUUGAUUC